ACUCCACUACGCGGCCUGACAGGCGCAACAACGCUGUCGCGUCCUGCUCGGCAUAUAUAACACACAAACACUGUUGUCUUUGUCCCUUGCGUUGUAAACCUUUAAAAUUAUACUGUAUAAUAUCAAAUCGAAUAAAUAAUAAUAAAUAAAAAGCACAUGCGCUGUAUUAUUUUGUGUAUAUUAAUAUUAAAAAAUAAUUACCCUGUAAAAUCAUUUGACGUUUCUGUGUGUUGUGUUGAGUUUUUAGUUUUGAUAGUUUUUUCAUAUAAUUUUUUUUGGUUGUUUAUUUAACAUUGUUUAAUUUCAAAAAUAUUUAGUGUUUAUAUUGAGGAAUUUUUUAUUUUACAUAGAAUUAUUAUUUUCUAUGCUCCAAAAGUUCGACAUUGUGAAUUUUGUUUUAUAAUUUUUUUUUUUAAGCUAUAUGAUUUUAAUAAACAAAAUAAAAAAAUAUAUAUUUGUGAUUAAAAAUUACGUUUGUGUCGUGCCGACGGGUUAAAAAAGUUUUAUGGUGAUAGGUGAUAAAGUGACAAUUUGUGUAUGAAAAAUAAAUUUUUAUAAUUUUUUAAAAAUGUUAAUUAUUAAUAUUAAAACUUUAAACUCGUUAUGAUACGAUUAUUACGAAAACACAUGUGACAAUAUAAUUAAUAAAGUAUAUAAUUUUAUUGCAUUAUUCGACUGUUAUUAAUUUUAAAUAUUUAAAUUAUUAUUCAAAGUGUUAGUUAUAAUUGUAUAUAUAUAUAUUAUGGAAAAUAUAUUACAAAUAUUGUGACAUGUAUAUAGUUUUUUUUUUUUAUGAAAAAAAAUCAAGUGUUAAUAUAAUUAUUGAGUAAUAAAAAAAAAUUUAAGACGAAGGAUACAAGGACAAUUUGCCAGGUCAAUACGAGACAAGAGCCAUCUUCGCGUUACCGGCAUCUAGGUCCCCCGGUCUUCUUCUAGAAAGAUCAACGUCUCGCACCCUCUGCGGGAAUUACCCCGCGACAGCAGCCACCCUGAUGGGAGUGUAUGAGGAACGCGCCCCUCCUACCACCGGCAUGCACUGGCCGCCAAGCUCACAAGAACGGAGUAGCGGCUUGGCUUUGGGUUGUCAAGGUGGUGGUCAAGGGAGCGCCGGGGGACCUGGAGCCAUUGACCAGACGAGGGAUCUUAGCCCGUGUUUACCAGCGUCCAUGGGAGAUGCUGCAAGACCCACAACUUUACCAUGUAGUCCCCCAGCAUCUCAUAGAACACAUCAAACACAUUGUGGUAUUAAUAAUAAUUGUUACGAUGGACCAACAACCCCAUAUGAUUCACGAGGUUAUGACUCCCCAGGAGAUUGGACAGAUCGAACAGGCAGUGAAUCUAGAAAUUAUGAAAAUUCAAAUGAUUUGAGUCUGCCACCACAAACAACAGCACAACAUCAUCAUCACCAUCAUCAUCCGCAUAAUCAACAUCAUCCUCAUCAACAUCAUCAUCAUCCACAUAGUCAAUCACAAAAUCAUCAAUUACAAAUUCAAGACCAACAACAGCAACAACAACAGCAACAACAGCAACAACAAAUAUCCGAUGAUAUUAAUGCAAUUCCAAAAUUGGAACCACCACCAACACCACCAACACAGUCAGAAGAUAUCCCAGGGGUUACAUGCGCUGGAUGCGGACUCAAGAUAUCCGACAGGUUUUAUCUACAAGCAGUUGAUAGAAGGUGGCACGCUGCCUGCCUUCAAUGUUCACACUGUCGUCAGGGACUUGAUGGCGAGGUCACCUGCUUCAGUAGAGAUGGAAAUAUAUAUUGCAAAAAAGACUACUACAAAAUGUUUGGAGCUAUGAAAAGAUGUGCAAGAUGUCAAGCAGCAAUAUUAUCAUCUGAAUUAGUUAUGAGAGCACGUGAUUUAGUAUUUCAUGUUAGAUGUUUUUCAUGUGCAGCAUGUUCAGUACCAUUAACAAAAGGUGAUCAUUUUGGUAUGAGAGAUGGUACUGUAUUAUGUCGUGCACAUUAUGAAAUUGGUGCUGAAUUAAAUCCAUCACAAAGUCCACCAGUACCAGUAUAUCCACCAGGACCACAUUAUCCUGGACAACAAUUUAUAUCAAAUGAUUUUUUACAUCAUCAAACACGUCAUAUACCCUCACAUUCACAUUUAUCAUUACAUUCACAACAUCAAAUGACACAUGUUAGUCCUGUUUCACUUCAACCAACUACACCAUCAGCUUCUGAUAGUGGUACAUCACCAAAAAUACCAUAUUUCAAUGGUGCCGCAACCACUGGUAAUAAUACUGGUGUACCACCACCAAGACAAAAAGGCCGACCAAGAAAAAGAAAACCCAAAGAUCUUGAAGCGUUGACAGCUAGUCUUGACCUUAAUUCAGAGUAUAUUGAUAUGCCAUUUGGAAGAGGUGGACCAGGUACACCAGGUAUGGGUGGUUCAAAUAGUCGAACAAAACGUAUGAGAACGAGCUUUAAGCAUCAUCAAUUGAGAACUAUGAAGAGCUAUUUUGCCAUCAAUCAUAAUCCUGAUGCCAAGGAUCUCAAGCAGCUUUCACAGAAAACUGGAUUACCAAAGAGGGUACUACAGGUUUGGUUCCAAAAUGCACGUGCAAAAUGGCGACGUAUGGUACUUAAACAAGAGGGUAAAUCAGAUAAAUGUGGUAUUGAUGGAAAUUCACUUGGUGAUCUUGAGUUAUAUGGUAAUAGUGCUGGAAGUGGUGGACCACCUAUGAGUCCUCAAUUUAUGCUUGGUGGACCUCACAGUCCGGCAUCUCUUGCAUCAUUGGAUUGCGCGUGAUUUGGUACCUUUUUUAUAUUUCCUUUAUUAUUUUUCUUCCUAUAUUCCUUAUUAUAUUCAUAUAUUGACUGCAAAUAUUCAUUUAAAAAAAAUUUAAAAACCAUCAAUUAUAUUAAUUAAUUUUAAAUAAAUUUUAAAUAUAUAUAUAUUUUUUUUUUCUCAUUCAAAUAAUAUAUACAUCACUGAGUUUUGAAAUUUAAUAUUAACAUGUCCAUUCAAUUGUAGAAAAAAUAAAAAAAAAGAAUCGGAUACAAAUUGACUUGAAAUUAUGGUAAAGAAUUUUUAGAAAAUUUUAAAAAUAUAAAUAGGCAAUACAAGCAUCCUUGAUUGUUGAAAAAAUUAAAAAUUAAAAUUUCUAAAUUCAAUACAAACAUCUCAAGAUGAGACUAUUAAAAUUGUAAUUUAUUUUUAUUUUUUUGAUUAUAUUAAAUACCUGUAUAAAUUUAUAUAAUAUUUUCAAUAAAAAAAUUCAUAUUUAUAUUUAUUUUCUUUGCUAAAAAUAAAAUUAAUUAAACUUUUUUUUUCUGUAUACAUUUUGAUGGAUAAUGUAUAUAAACAAUUAAUAUAUUUUGUUAAUAUUAAUUCUAAAAUAAUCAGUGAUAAAAACCUAUAAGGAACAGAGAAUACGUAGACGAUAUAAGUUCGUCCAAAAAACUGGCUGUCUAAAAUAUUAUUCCCUGUGAUUUCCUUAAGGUUUAAUUAUAUAAAAAAAAUUCAUUACGUAAAUUAAUAUUAAAUGUUGUGAAUAUUUAUUUCAAGUCCCGGGGACAUUUGUAAAAUAACUACACGUCACUGCCUAAAUUAUUAUUUAGAGUUAUGUGAGUGUUAUAUCAUAUAAAUUGUAUGAUAACUAUCUUUUAAAAUAAUUAAAAAUUACAAAAUAAAAUACAACAAAAAUCUAUAUAUAAAUAUAUAAAUAUGUGAAAAAGUAUGAAAAAUUAAAAAAAAAUGAUAAUUUUAAAUUUGCAAUUUAAUUUUGCACUUGUAUUAUAUUAUGACGAAUUAAGAAAAUGAAAUUUUAUGUAUUUAAAUUAUAACGCUCAGCUCGCUAUUAUUUUUUCCUUUUUUUUUUUCCAUUAAAAUUCCAUCGUGGGCUAAAAUUCAACAAAUAUAUUAUUAUUAUUAUUUUUCAUAUAUUAAAAUGUAAAUUGUGAGCUUUCUUUUGUAAAAAAAAAUCAAUGAAUCUCAUUGUUCUUCCAAUAUUGAUAAUUAAUAAUUUCAUUUCUAAAAAAAAAUAAAUAUCAAAAUGAGAUAUCAAACAAAACGUUCCUUCAUUUAGAAAUUCAUCAUGACACGUACAACAGAUAUGAGAAAAAAAAAAAAAUCAAUUACAUAUAGUAAUAAUUGUACUGAUAUUAUUAUUAAUGCUCCUGUCAUUAUAUAAGUUAUAAAAAGCGACUAUUUUUUUUUUUCCAUUGAAUAUAAACAUAA